AUUUUAAUUAAGCAAAUUGGGAUUAAUUUCUGAACACCAGUACUCCAUUUUGGCGUUUGCCACGUUUCAAACGUUAAACCACAAUAAUAUUCGUGUUGUCUAGAAGUGCACGCAAGGUUCUGGAAUCUAGAAAUGAUAUAAAUUGUUCUCAAUAUCUCUGUUAGUUCCAAGACAUUUCGUGAAUCGAAGUAUUAUAUCGACAGAUCGGCAGCUAUGUCUUCUGCGUUGCAGUGCAGGGUGUUUGAUCUGAAAAUGCAAGGUCUUGGUACUGGAGUUGUUAGGGCAGCGAGCCAUCUCAGUAACAAGGGAUGUUUAGCGUUACAUCCCAACUCUGGUUUUUCUCGUGCCCCCUUGAAGUUUUCAGCACCAGGCAUGCAAUGGAGGGGGUUAUGUGCAUGCUCGAAGAGAAGAAAAGAGCAGUCUUUGGUUGUUAGAGCUAGUGGAAACCCAGGGGAAACUAGUAAACCUGUUGCUCCUCUUCAGAUGGAGUCACCUACUGGUCAACUUCUUUCUCAGCUUUUGAAGGACCAUCCUCAUCUUCUUCCUGCAGCAGCUGAUCAACAGUUAGAGAGGCUUAUUGCUGAUCGUGAUGCAGCUGCUCAACAGGAGCCUCCAACAACAUCUGGUACAGAACUCGUUUUAUACAGGAGGAUUGCAGAGUUGAAGGCUGCCGAAAGGCGAAAGGCACUUGAAGAAACAAUUUAUGCUCUUAUUGUCCAGAAAUUUAUGGAUGCUGGGAUCUCAUUGAUUUUGAGUAGUUCUGAGGCUGAUCCUGUUACUGGUAGAGUUGAUACAUGGCCUAAACAAGACCACAAGCUUGAAAGAGUGCAUUCUCCUGAAGCCUUUGAAAUGAUAAAAAAUCACCUUUCCCUUGUUCUCGGGAAUCGGUUGUUAGACACAAAUGCUAUUGCUCAAAUUAGCAAGCUGCGAGUAGGACAAGUCUAUGCAGCUUCUGUUAUGUAUGGAUACUUUUUGAGAAGGGUGGAUCAGCGUUUUCAACUCGAGAAAAGCAUGAAAAUGCUUCCUUUUGGAUCAAAUGAAGAAGGUGAUGCAGGGAAUCUUCAGGGCAGCAACUCAAGCCAUGCAGAUGAAUAUAAGGUUGGUGGCUCGCCCCCAGAUGUUACAUCUGCAUCAGUGCUUGGUUCAGGAGAUCCUACAGGAUCGGAAUUCAGUAAUGUUAGUCAUUGUAAGUUGAGAGCAUAUGUCAUAUCUUUUGAUCAAAAUACAUUACAGAGGUAUGCUACAAUGAGGUCAAAGGAAGGAGUUGGUAUAAUUGAGAGGCAUUCCGAGGCCUUGUUUGGAAGGCCUGAAGUCCAGAUCGUAUCUGGGUCAGUGGCAGCCUCAAAUGACGAAGUCAUUCAGAUAAGCUUUUCAGGUUUGACUAGCUUGGUGUUGGAGGCUGUUACUUUUGGUAGCUUUCUUUGGGAUGUUGAAAGCUAUGUUGAUUCCAGGUACCAUUUUGUAACUAAUUAGGAUAUUCAGUGUUGCAUUACAAACCAUUAAACAUGAGGAUAAUAACUUUAAUAUCUUUGAAGUAUUGGCUAGAGCUGUAGUGGCCAGAUUAAUGGCUUGUUUGACUUCAUGGGGCAAAUUUGAACUGUACAAAGAAAUGCUCACAGUGCUGCUUUCUCGUAGUAUGGGAUAAUGUUGUCCCCAAGAAGAUCCCCCUGUAAAUAUCUCAAUUAGUGAUCACCUUGAAGGGGCCUACUCUAAUUGACAUAUUCUUUCAUCAAACAUUUGAUAUAAUGCUAGUAACUAAACUGUUUCCAUUUA